AUGAUUAUUGAUUAUUUUGCAUGGUCAGAAGAUCCAGCAUCAAAAGAAUGUAACAUUUGUGAUAAUUGUCUUCAGCGUGCAUCUGAUAAACCAGUUUGGUCUCAAGUAAAGGAUCAGUUUCAAGCAAAGGAUGUUAAAAAUAAGUUCAGAGAACUACCAGUUUAUCUAGAAAAAUUUUCAAGAAAGCUCAAAACUAAAGAGAAUGCAUUUUUGUUAUUAGAUAAUUUG